GUUCAGAAUCCAAACUCUUUUCCAUCUGUGUAGUAUGGCUUUCUCCUCGUCAAACUCCGACGGUGAAGGAAGAAAGGAAUCAGAUGGUGACCUUUUAACUCCUGAAGACCUUAAGCUUCGUAAUGUCGAUACUAACAAGAAGGUAACAUUGUCCGAAGCUUUGUUAGUGGUUGCAGAAACUGCUUCUGUCAAGUGGGAGGAUGAGGAGAGAAAGAAAAGGGUAGAGAUGGCUAAGACACAGAGGUUAUUAAGGGAGAAAGCUCUGAAAAAGCCAAUAGAUUUAGCUGUUGAAAAAAAGGGUAUCGCCAUCGAGAACAGAGAGUUUACGGGAAAAAAAUUAAUGGGUGGCGCAAUCAAGGUUGGGAAAGAAUUGAAUGAGAAGAAGAAUGGGAGCAUAAAUACGGCAUUGAAACGUAGAAAUCUUGGCUGUGAGAAAGACAAAAACUGGGAGAAUGAUCAAGAAAGGAGAAAAAAGCAUAGAAAGGGAAGCUCUGAAAGAGAGACUGGCAAAGUUAAGGGUUCAAUGCCAGUAACACCACCAGAACUGCCUCAAGAAUUCAAGGAGAAGAUCAAGGAGAUGCAUGGUACUGAAGUGCAGCUAGUGAUAACAAAGACAAUAACAAACACUGACAGAAAGGAUGCUCAGGGUCGUUUAUCAAUGCCCAAGAGGCAAAUAUUAUGUGAAUUCUUGAAAGAAGAUGAAAGGGAAAAGCUAGAAAAGAAUGAAGACAUGAAAGUGAAGAUCAUGAUCGAUCCCAAUCUUAAGCUUAGUGACAUGAUUUUCAAGCGAUGGAACAUGAGGAAACCAAAGGGGAAUACUAGCACAUCAUUUGUGUUUCGCACUCACUGGAAUGAUCUUAGGAAGAAGAUUGGAGUGAAGAGUGGUGAACUAAUUCAAGUGUGGUCCUUUCGAGUUGAAGAAAAGCUUUAUUUUGCUUUGAUAAGGGUUGAAGAAGAAGAAAGAAUGAACAACCCAGAUACAAGUGAAGCAAGUGGCGCAACUGUUAGCAUUCCAAAUAACAGUCCAGGUUCUUGUAUCACUCAAGCUGGAGAUAGUGAAUCAGCUGCUUCAACUUCUGAGUCUGAGAAUGAUGAACAUUAGGUUUUUCUUUUUCCCUUAAUUUUAAAGCCUAUAUAUAGAAAAUUAAGGAAUCUAUUAACACAGUAUGUCUAAUUGUAGACGCC